CAACGAUACUUACUUGGCCAAAUCAUCACAUCAUGCCAAAUUGCUUUUGCAUGUUUUUUCAACCAUAUAAAUAUGACUCAAAUUGAGCCUUUUCUUACCAUGCAUGCAAAACCAAAGCAAAGCAAAACAAACAAAACACAUAACCAUGAAUGAAGAUGGAUCAAAGGGUAGGACAAAGGAUGACGGCGGAGAUAUCCGAUAUAGAGGCGUACGCCGCCGUCCUUGGGGGAAGUUUGCGGCCGAGAUUCGUGACUCCACUAGGCAGGGUCAGAGGGUUUGGCUUGGGACAUUCAACACGGCUGAGGAAGCAGCUAGGGCUUAUGAUAGAGCCGCUUAUGCCAUGAGAGGUGCAUUUGCUAUCCUUAACUUCCCAAAUGAGUAUCCUAUGUCAUCAGGUUAUGGUAAUAACCGCACCGGUGGCGGUGGCAGUGGCUCCUCUUAUUCCUCCGGCGCUUCAACUUCCUCUGCUUCAUGGCAGGGCAAUGUGGAAGGCAGGGGAAGGAGUGAAGUCUUUGAGUUUGAGUACUUGGAUGACAAAUUGUUGGAGGAGCUUCUUGCAUGCGAAGAAAAGAAGAAAAAUGGACCAUGAAUAAGUGAAGG